AUGUCCGAGCACCCAGGGCGCUGGCUGCUGGCCAGUGGGACGAUGGAUUCGCACCUUCUCGCGGUGUCCGGUGUGACUACCUACUUCGAUGGGGAAACCAAGACGAAUCCAACGGCAGACGGGGACGUGCUGGCAGCUCAGGGGUUGCGCGUCCUGCAGCACCAACACGACGACGACAAGCACGACACCACAAUGAAGUCAAGAGAGUUCAAAAGAGGUGGAAUGGAUAACGGCACUGGGAUACAAUGUCAAGGGUUACACAGUGCAAUCCCUCCUCCAAUAUCUCAACGACCUCGACCAUCAUCUUCAGCAUAA